AUGCCUGUGCCCACACCGACUCGAAGCUUCGAGAGCAAAAAGUUUCCAAAGUCGCCUCCGCCUGUAAAGUCUGGUAACAAUACGGACUUUGAUGACUACACGACAUCCGACGGAGCCGACAACGAUAACGACAACGAUAAUGACGAUGGUGACAAAACGACCGACAAUGAAGGCGAUGAAGUGGAUGGAGUCAGCGCCGAUGGAAGCUUGCCUAGCCCGAUUUCUGAUGCGUCACCUUCGAGAGGGAUCUUGGGCUCGACGGCACAGCUCCAUGGCGUGUCGAGCGAUAAAAUUGGGCCGAAAAGCAAACACAACGUCGACGACCUGAUUGCUCGGCUCCUCGAAGUGCGAAACCAGAAAGUCUCAAAAUCACUCUGUCUCAAAACCUCCGAAGUCGCAUCCAUCUGCCACGCUGCUCGUCAAAUCCUCCUAAGCCAACCCAUCCUUCUGGAACUGCUUCCACCCGUGAACAUCGUCGGUGACAUCCACGGCCAAUACGAAGACCUACUGCGAAUCUUUGAUAUGUGCGGGAGGCCGCCAGACACCAACUACCUCUUCCUGGGCGAUUAUGUCGACCGUGGAAAGCAGAGCUUGGAAACGAUACUCUUAUUGCUGUGUUACAAGAUCAAAUACCCGGAGAAUUUCUUUAUUUUGCGAGGAAAUCACGAGUGCGCUUCUGUAAACAGAGUAUAUGGGUUCUACGACGAAUGCAAACGGAGAUGUUCACUCAAGAUAUGGCGCUUGUUUACCGACGUGUUCAACUGUCUGCCGAUUGCCGCUCUCGUAGCUGGUGAGUUUCAAUCAUCUUUCAUCUUCUGUAUUCAUGGCGGCCUGUCGCCACAUUUGCAUACGAUGGACGAUAUCAGAGAUGUAACACGGCCUAGCGAUGUGCCGGAUUAUGGCCUGCUGAACGACCUACUUUGGUCCGACCCGAGCGACACCGCAACAGACUGGGAAGACAACGAACGCGGCGUCUCCUACUGCUUCAGCAAACAAAUCGUGUCCGAGUUUCUCGCCCGGCACGACCUCGACCUCGUGUGCAGGGCCCACAUGGUCGUUGAGGAAGGCUAUGAGUUUUUCAACAACCGCACACUGGUUACGGUGUUCUCGGCGCCGAAUUAUUGUGGGGAGUUUGAUAAUAAGGGAGCGGUCAUGUGCGUUAACGAAGACCUCCUAUGCUCCUUCGAGAUCCUGGCGCCGCAGCUGAACCCGCGGUUUAAGGGCGCGGGGCGACGCAGGAUGUCGCCGCCGCUCGUCAAAUGA